UGCACACAGGUGUGUCUUGAACUUCACUGUUUGUUCAGCCUCUUUGCUUGGAUAUAAAUGCCUGAAACUGAAGUUUGCUUUCAGAAAAGGGCAGAGCACUUUUGAUUGCUGAGCUCCGGACCGCAAACAUGAUUUUCUUGAUAUUUAUUGUGGCAUUAUUGGUAGCGUAUUAUAUUUGUCAUAGGAUUUUUGUUCAGAGGAAGACCUUCACCGGCACAGCCAAACUCUAUGGGAAAACAGUCAUUGUAACAGGUGGCAACACUGGCAUUGGGAAGGCGACGGCCGCCGCUAUGGCCAUGAGAGGAGCUCGAGUGAUUCUGGCCUGCCGAAGCAAACAGAGAGGAGAGGAAGCAGCACAGGAAAUCAAGAUGGAAACUGGGAAUGAGGGAGUGAUCUUCAUGCAACUGGAUCUUGCAAGCCAGAAAUCGAUCCGCUCUUUUGCCGAAAUCUUCCUGAAAACAGAGCCCAGAUUGGACCUACUCAUUAAUAAUGCAGCAUUGGCUACUCCAGGACGCACUGAAGAUGGAAUUGGGAUGAUUCUUGCUGUCAAUCAUAUCGGUCCAUUCCUGUUGACCAAUCUUCUGUUGGAUCGCCUCAAGAAGUGUGCGCCGAGCCGUGUGGUCAAUGUGUCGUCUUGCGGCCAUGAUCUGGGCACUAUUGAUUUCGACUGCAUCAACUCACACAAAAGGCUCGCGCUGGGCUCCUCUGAUGGGGAUUUAUUCAGGGCCUACACCCACAGCAAACUCUGUAAUGUGCUCUUUAAUCAUGAACUGGCCAAGAGACUUGAAGGAACCAACGUGACAUGCUACAGUCUCCAUCCAGGGUCUGUAAGGUCAGAACUCGCUCGUGACAUCAAUGAAUGGCACACACGUAUUAUCAAGGCUUUUGUUAGUAAGUUCUGGGCGACAGAUCCAGUGUCCGGAGCUCAGACGACGCUGUACUGCGCCCUGCAGGAAGGCAUUGAACACCUGAGCGGACGAUACUUUUCAGACUGUCAACUGGUGCAAGUCAAACCCGAGGCUAGAGAUGAUGGAAUCGCCAAAAAACUGUGGGACGUUAGCGAGAAAUUAUGUGGCAUGGCUUGAAUACAUACACACUAUGCUGUAAAAAUAUACUGUAGUUUGCAAACCUAUUUUUUUUAUAAUGGUACCUAAACUGAAUAUUCUUUACACUGUGUGAUGAAAAAUACAUUCAUUUGUAAAUGUAUAAACUUGCUAUUUGUCAAGGCUGAAGUGUCAUGCACAUUCUUAUUUUUGAGUCCGAUUUUUGAGAAUCAAUUUUAAAGCAACUUCAAAAAAAUGUAAUUUUUUAUAUUAAGUUGCAUAAAUAUUGAAGGUAAAAAGAUAUUAAAUAUUGCAUUCACAUAUGUGAAUUUGGGCAGUUCAAUCGAGUCUUCAAUUAAUCGAAAUGUCUGUCAUACCAGCCAUGUCGCUCCAACCACUGUUUAGUGAAAACUGCAAUUUACUUAGUUUAUUAAAAAUAAAUAUUUGUGCCAUAAAGUUGACCACCACAAAACAAUAUUUGGACUUGUUGCUCCUUUUCUUUAAAAAAAAGCAAAAAUAAAGGUUACAGUGGGCAAUUUAUUACAAUGCCAGUGAAUGGGACCAAAAGCAGAAAUAUAUUUAAAUUAUAGACUAUAUUUUUAUAUAUAAAAAAAACUUAAAACUUAUGAUAUUUGAGCUGUUAAAUUGUUUAAAUCAUUGGUUUGAAGGAUAUUUAAGGGUUUAUAUAGCAGUAUAGCAUAACAUAAAGCUCAGCAACUGUAUUCAAAUAAACAGAGCAGACAGGACCAAUGAACGGCCAAAGCAGUCGACUGCCGAUAGCAUGAUCCAUUACAUUCCAUAACAUCCCCCUUUACAAAUAAGAACUAAAUAAGAACAAAAUACUAUAUAAACUUUUGGCCACAUAACAUUUAAGCAACUGCUAUAAACUUCACAUUUUAGGAACUGAAGACCUGAAGUACCUCUGACUAUAGAGUCCUUGUUACAUUAACAGUUCUUUUCCUUUCCAAAACUGCCACAGCAGCAUUCCUAACCUAUAACAAAUCACGCCUCUUGGGUGGCUUGGAUAAUCUUAUAUAACAAAUCUUUUUCACAUAGUCCCAACACAACUGGAUCAAGUGAACAUAGUUGGAUUGUACACAAUGAAAUUAAGUUGAGAGAAAAUACGAAAGAAUGUCAUAUAAACAACUGAGAAAGCAGUUAAAAUUAGAAAAAGAAAAAUCGAUUAAACACUAUCUGUUAGAAGUCAGAAUGAAUUUGAUCAUUUUAUAUCAAUGUAAUCAUAUCACACUUUUGUGACUGUGUUGAAUUUUACUUGGACUUUACACAAUAUAAUUGUUCUCAUCUCAAACAUAAAUGUAUUAGGUUGAUUUUAAGUGUGCUGUUUUAGUAUAUUUAAUAGAGCUGCUUUCUAUUUAUUCCAGGGUACGUCUUGCAGCUAUACUUUUGAAACAGUGAGAAAUGUAAUGUUUACAGAUUGGCCCUCAUCCACUUCCAUUGUAUGUAAGUGCAUCACCGGUUGUGGAGCGGAGGGGGGCGUGGCUGGGCUGGAAUGUUGCACGCCCGGUCCCCAACCGGCUGCCUUUAUCCCUCGCGCACCCCAUCAGGGCGAUUGGGGACCGGGCGUGCGACAUUCCAGCCCGGCCCCGCCCCCCUCGCUCCACAUUGGUAUACAGAUUCUUUUAUUUAUUUAUGUUUAUUUAUAUAUUUUAAAAGAGGGACGAGUCCAAAUAUUUUUUUGUGGUAAACAACAUUAUGACACGAAUGCUGACUGAGCUCAAUAUUACUUUAACCUCCUGAGCCCGACUGUUGUGCACAUUUUCCAUUUCCUUCUUUGAUUUGUAACUUGUAUUAAAAAAUAAAAAUAAAUUACAGCUGAUGUAAUAACAAUGUGUAU